AACCAUUUAAUCAAAAAGUCUUGUAUUCUAAAUAUCGUGUUACGAUACACCGAAAGAGAUCUCUGUUCCUGAGGAGCCAAUUCCUCCUCUGCUUUCGACACAAGCAGUCUCAACCGCCCAGCAGAUUUGUCUUGACGAAGAAGCUGACUUGGAAGUAUACAACGAAGAAACCUUCCAUUCGCAAUCCAAGUUAUCGCUUGCCCAGUAGCGGCGAACCCGAAUAGUUGAUUAUAUGAAUCAUUGGCGGUGCUCAACUGCUUUGAUAUGGAAGAUUCCUGACGAGAUUCUCGGCCUCAUAUUUGACUAUCUUUGUGAUGUCGGGCCUCGGGUAUACAGAAUGUCUCGGGUGCCGAUAUCGUUGCGGUUGAGCGCGGUUUGCUCACACUGGCGAUUUAUCAUGCUUUCGACUCCAUGGUAUUGGACCAAGAUUUCCGUGAGAUGCACUUCGACUUGGGGUAUUCGACCCGAAUUUCAUUUGCUUCAACUAUUCCUUGAACGGUCCAAAGAAAACCUAUUGGACUUGAAAGUUUCAUUCCCUAUCAGUGGAUAUCAUACGCAGGAACUCAUUCUGCAGCUUUUCAAAACUCAGGCAGCACAGGCUCACCGAUGGAACUCACUCGAAAUUUUUGCAACGCAAUCCAAGCACCUGUGUCUCCUGCGUCAUCCAUACAUCUCGUCAUGUCCCGAACUCACGAGUCAGACCUUGAGAGGGAUCUUGGACUCUCAGGAGGAACCUCCCAUGAACUUUGUACCAAUGCCCAAGCUGAAAUCCUUCAUUCCUAGGGUGUUCAAUCGCCCACUCCGUCCAGAUUCAAGCUUCCCAUGGCACCAACUCACAAAGUUGAGUCUUGACUGUUGGUCUCUCAGUGAUCUUAGCUUUGUGGGACUUUGCAAAAAUUUGCUUCAUUUACGUAUUUCAGUCGAUUACGACAGUGAAAUGACGCUUCCCCGUGUCCCAAAAGCCCCGGUGCCAUCAGCACUUGAACAAUUACGAACGUUGACCUUGGUCUUGUCACCAUCUGAACCAAAGACUCGGUUUGUGGAAAUCGUCUUAGACUUGGUUGCAAUGCCAGCCUUAGCUCAUUUAGAGGUUGAAGGUGAUACAUCUGAACAAGCUGAUCAUGGUGCUGCUGAUUGGCCUUCUGGGAUAAUGGGUGCCCUUGAUUGAAAGAGAUUUAUUCCCCCUGACGACACUUGCUAUUCACAACAUCAGCAUUUCUGAAAACGACCUCACUACCUUUCUUCGAAAAGCCCCAUCCCUUAUGACCCUCAGUAUACAGGAGGCUCAGUUUGAAGGGUCAUUCGAAAAACAGAUCUCCAGCCCUAUAUCCAUCAACUUUAUGCGAUCUCUUUGGGCCGUCUCCGGCGAAGAACACUCGUCUACGGAGGCACAGCUGCUGCUUCCGAAUCUCACUACUCUCUAUCUCACCAUAUAUAAAGAGUUCAGCGAUGAA